CCGUUUUUUCAUUCAAUGGUGGCCAAAGCACAGACAUCGAACUCAGAUGUUUCUGUGCUGAUUGAUCCAGAACUAAUUCUCUUUCCUGAUUUCAUUUCCACUUUGAGAUUUGCUCACAAACUUGAUCACGACUGGUUACUUAUUGCUUCAUCACAAAACUUGUCCUACUCUCCAGUUCGCUGGGGUGCGGACUGGAAGAAGUCAGUAGCCGAUGAAGGGAAGAAACUAACAAGCCAAACGGUAUAAAGCAAGCUGUCACAGAUUCAGACUUCAUGGACCAUAAGAGAAUUCACAGUAAAUUUGUACUCUUUCUUGCAGGGGUUUUUGGCUCAGAAAUUGCAGAGGGAAUUGUGUGAAAGAAGAAUGCUAAUGGCAUGGAACAAUUGCAAUCUUCCGCUGCAUAAUGGAGUCUUGCCUCCUUUUUUGUACAGAAAGGGGAUUCACCAUCACUGGUUAUUAACUGAAGCCUUGUCGUCUGAUUAUAGGUUGAUUAUUGAUGCCACUUGGACCUUUUCAAAUACCUAUGUGAAUGAUAUAAACCACGUGUACUAUGAAUUAAUGGAAGCUUCCAACCAUUCAGAUAUUGAAAAGAGGAAUUGGGAGUUCAUGGGAAACAUUCACCUGGGGAAGCUUUAUGGGUCAUUUUCUUUUCACGAAGCUAAUUAUUCAAACUUGUUUAGAAUUUCUAAAUGUGGUGGGAACUAUCUUUUGAUAAACUCAGAACAAGAUGUUGCUUUUUCUCUGGGAGACCCGGUAUCAUUUAGUUUACGAAAUCAAGGUAUUUCUGGACCAUUAACAGAAAAGAAAAUUCUGAAUUGUCUUAAUGUAAUGAAGUCACGUCAAGGGGUUGAAAACUGUUCUCAGAAGGACCAGCUGCAGAGUUCUGACUCAAUUUCUCUUCCAUUCUCCUUAGAACAACUUCUUUCAAUGCGUGCAGACCAGAAUAAGACAAUUGUGCUAGCGGUUGCUGGAUAUAGUUAUAAGGACAUGCUAAUGAGCUGGGUCUGCAGACUACGCCACCUCCAGAUUUCAAACUUUUUGGUCUGUGCUAUUGACCAUGAAAUUUAUGAGUUUGCGGUUCUGCAGGGCAUACCAGUUCUUGAGUAUGCAGAUAUUCCAGCAAAUGUCAGUUUUGACGACUGCCAUUUUGGAACAGAAUGCUUUCAGAAAGUAACCAAAGUCAAGUCGAGGAUGGUCUUGCAGAUAUUAAAGCUGGGUUAUAAUGUACUAUUGAGUGAUGUUGAUGUGUAUUGGUUCAAAAACCCCUUGCCUUUGCUUAGUUCCUUUGGUCGUGCAACUCUGGUCGCACAGUCCGAUGAGUAUAACAUAACAGGACCAAUUAACUUACCACGACGCCUCAACUCUGGUUUCUAUUACGUUCAGUCAGAUGAUACAACAAUUGCAGCAUUGCAGAAAGUCGUGCAACACGCAUCAACUUCUAAUCUCUCAGAGCAACCUAGCUUCUAUGACACCUUAUGUGGUGAAGGUGGUUUCCAUCGUCUAGGUGAUGACAGAUGCUUAGAACCGGAAACAAAUAUGACUGUUCAUUUCUUGGAUAGAGAUCUUUUUCCAAAUGGUGCAUACCAAAAUCUGUGGGAGGAAAGAAAUGUCAGUGAAACCUGUAUGAAGAGGGGGUGUUUUGUUAUCCAUAAUAAUUGGAUUAGUGGGAGAAGGAAAAAGUUAGAACGCCAGGUGUUAUCAGGACUUUGGGAGUAUGAUGUUGGUACAAGAAUGUGUCUGCAAAAUUGGCACAGGACCACGAGCUUUGAUAUUCACGUGGAGGAGAAUACAAGGAGGAAUUUGAUUGUCCGUAUAUACUUCCUUAAAGCUCUUGGAUUUGCCGCGGAUGUAAUUUGGGAAAAUGAUAAAAAUGCAAUAGACUGCCAUGAGACAAAGCCGGCAUUGACAAAGUUUAAUUACAUUGAAACUCCUGAUAAUCAAAUUCUCAUAGCCAUCGGACCAUAA